AGUUCCGAAUCUUGCUCGUCAACAUAAAACCCACAAAUUCAAAUUCUUUGUCCGUAUUUGUGUAUAUUAAUCUGUGUUUUUAACGCAAUUUUGUUUGCAUAUCUCCUAGUUAAAUUGUAAAAUAGCUUGUUAGAUUGACUAAUUCGUUAAGAUUGAUGCUUAGCCUAGUACUAGGCUCGUCGCUAAUUCUAGCUAGCUUUCAUCCCCGACCUAGGAGUGAAGUUGAGUCCGCUAUCCUCGCUCGACCAUGAGCUCACUAAGCUACUCCCUCCCUGCUAAAGAAGAAGAGGUCGGAUGGACGGAGAAAGAAGAUCUGAACAUUGUCGUGAAAGAUGACGAGGAAGUGAAAGACGAGAAAGAGCCGUUUGGAGUGAAAGAGGAAGAGGGGAUAGAGGCUGUCACAGUGGAAGAGGAGGAGGUAGAAGCUUUCAGAAUCAAAAAGGAGGAAGAGGAGGCUAUCACAUUGAAAGAAGAGGAGGAUGUUACCGUGAAAUACGAGAAAGAGCCUUUAGGAGUGAAACACGAAGAAGGAAUAGAGGCUGUCACAGUGGAAGAGGAGGAGGUAGAAGCUUUCAGAAUGAAAAAGGAAGAAAUCACAUUGAAAGAAGAAGAUGAGUAUUUUGUAGUGAAAGAAGAGAAAGGCCCUUUUGGAGUGAAAGACGAAGAGGAGACUAGAGAUCUGAUUAACACUACAGGAGAGAGACCAGACUCUCACCCUGACCGUGGGAAGAGUCCAGACCCAGAGACGACCAAACCAGCAAGACCAUACCACUGUUCCCAGUGUGGAAAGAGAUUUAUUCAGUCAUCGCAUUUGAAAGAACAUGAGAGAAUACACACAGGAGAACAGCCAUUUCAAUGUUCCCAGUGUGGAAAGAGUUUUACAAAUGUAGGGAACCUGAAAACGCAUGAGAUGACACACACGGGAGAGAAGCCUUUCCACUGCUCCCAGUGUGGAAAGAGUUUUACCCAGUUAGGGAAUUUGAAAACACAUGAGAUGACACACACAGGCGAGAAGCCUUAUCACUGCUCCCAUUGUGGAAAGAGUUUUAGACACUCAGGGCAUCUAAAAGUGCAUGAAAGAACACACACGGGAGAGAAGCCAUAUCAAUGCUCCCAGUGUGGAAAGGGUUUUGGACACUCAUGGCAUCUUAAAGUGCAUGAAAGAACACACACUGGAGAGAAGCCGUAUCAAUGCUCCCAGUGUGGAAAGGGUUUUGGACACUCAGGGCAUCUAAAAGUGCAUGAAAGAACACACACUGGAGAGAAGCCAUAUCAAUGCUCUCACUGUGGAAAGAGAUUUAUCCAGUCAUUGCACCUGAAAGAGCACAAGAGAAAACACACAGGAGAGAAGCCUUUCCAAUGUUCUCAAUGUGGAAAGAGUUUUAUCCAGUCAUCACAUCUGAAAGAGCACAAGAGGAUACACACAGGAGAGAAGCCAUUCCAAUGCUCUGAGUGUGGAAAGACUUUUAGCCAGAUAGGGCAGCUGAAAUAUCAUGAAAGAAAACAUACAGGGGAGAAGCCUCAUCACUGUUCCCAGUGUGGAAAGGGUUUCAGAUACUCAGGGCAUCUAAAAGUGCAUGAAAGAACACACACUGGAGAGAAGCCGUAUCAAUGCUCCCAGUGUGGAAAGGAUUUUAGACACUCAGGGCAUCUUAAAGAUCAUGAAAAAAUACACACAGGAGAACAACCAUUCCAAUGCUCUCUGUGUGGAAAGAGUUUUACCCAUUUAGGGAACCUGAAAAUGCAUGAGAUGACACACACAGGAGAGAAGCCUUUUCACUGCUCCCACUGUGUAAAAAGUUUUACCCAGUUAGGGAACUUGAAAACGCAUGAGAUGACACACACAGGAGAGAAGCCUUUCCACUGCUCCAAGUGUGAAAAGGGUUUUAGAACCUCUGGGAACCUGAAAACGCAUGAAAUGUCACACACAGGAGAGAAGCCUUUCCAAUGCUCCCAAUGUGGAAAGAGUUUUACCCAGUUAGCAAGCCUGAAAAGGCAUGAAGGAACACACACAGGAUAGAAUCCUUUCCAGUGUUCUCAGUGUGGAAAGACAUUUUCCCAGUCAGAAAGACCUGAAAAUCAUACGAGAGAAGAGAGACACUGUUGUGGGUGGCAGAAUUUGGGGUGAGCUGUUGUAACUUCUCCAGGUUGAUGCUCUGUUCUGUGAUGAACUGCAUUUCAUAAACUACUACGCCUAUUACCUGUCUGCACCCUAACACAUGGUUGCCAUUGUCGUCUGUAACUGUUGCAUUAAUUAAGUACUAUUAUCACCUUCCUCUAUAUGAGGGGACAUGCAACUAUCAGCAUUUUUUUUUUGAGUUCUUCCCUGACUGAUCAGCGAGACAGAUCUCACUUGACUAUGAUCAGCGAGACAGAUCUCACUUGACUAUGAUCAGCGAGACAGAUCUCACUUGACUAUGAUCAGCGAGACAGAUCUCACUUGACUAUGAUCAGCGAGACAGAUCUCACUUGACUAUGAUCAGCGAGACAGAUCUCACUUGACUAUGAUCAGCGAGACAGAUCUCACUUGACUAUGAUCAGCGAGACAGAUCUCACUUGACUAUGAUCAGCGAGACAGAUCUCACUUGACUAUGAUCAGCGAGACAGAUCUCAAUUGACUAUGAUCAGCGAGACAGAUCUCACUUGACUAUGGUCAGCGAGACAGAUCUCACUUGACUAUGAUCAGCGAGACAGAUCUCACUUGACUAUGAUCAGCGAGACAGAUCUCACUUGACUAUGAUCAGCGAGACAGAUCUCACUUGACUAUGAUCAGCGAGACAGAUCUCACUUGACUAUGAUCAGCGAGACAGAUCUCACUUGCUUGUAUUUAAGAUGUACUAUUAUCACACCUUAAAUAGUCUCUGAUCUUUGGGAUUGAGUGUGUUCUGACUUUAAAAAAAAUUGCAAUGGGUUUCUUUGGUUUAUGGCCACAUGAAAUCAAAUUGUAUGAAAGCUUACUCAAAAAAACAGGCCUACUUUGUUAGCCGGACCUUUACGUCUCCAAGCAACAAAAAAAUAAAAACAGAACAUAUUUCAAAUGUAUUUGACUUUGAUUCAUUUAGUCACUGUAUCU